AUGAGCCCUGUCGAGAUCCAACCAGAUACAGCCAAGCCUAAACUCGUUAAAAGGAGAUUUGUUGGUAAAAAGUCAAGCCCUGAAGUCAAACCAGGAUCCGAAGAUCAACCAUUAGUCAAAUCGAGUGCAAAACGUCACAUUGGUAGAGCCGUGAAUCAAAUUCCCGAUGACAUACUAAACGAUAAAGAUUUAAACGAGGCGAUAAAACUACUACCUUCCAACUACAACUUCGAAAUACACAAGACUGUGUGGAAUAUACGGAAACAAAAUGCCAAACGAGUGGCAUUACAGAUGCCAGAAGGUCUACUUAUUUAUUCAUUGAUCAUAUCUGACAUAUUGGAAGAAUUUUGCCAGGUUGAAACGUUGGUUAUGGGUGAUGUAUCCUAUGGUGCGUGCUGCAUCGAUGACUUCACAGCUAGAUCACUAGAUUGUGAUUUUAUAGUCCAUUAUGCCCAUUCGUGUCUUGUCCCUAUUGAUGUCACUGAGAUCAAAGUGUUGUAUGUGUUUGUAACCAUCAACAUUGACGAAACCCAUUUGAUCAAGACGAUAAAAAGAAAUUUCGACCAAGGUGCACAAAUUGCCAUAUUCGGUACUAUUCAGUUCAACCCCACAAUCCACAGCGUCAAGACUGUGUUGGAAACUGAUCCGGAAAAACCAAUUUAUUUAAUUCCUCCACAAACAAGACCAUUGUCGAAGGGAGAGUUGCUAGGGUGCACGUCAGCCAGAUUGAACAAGGACCACAUACAAGCGACCAUAUACGUUGGUGAUGGACGGUUUCAUCUCGAAAGUUCAAUGAUUCACAAUCCUGAUAUUCCGGCAUACAGAUACGAUCCAUACGAUCGAAAGUUUACUCGUGAGUACUACGAUCAAAAGCAAAUGACACGGGUGAGGGAAGAUGCAGUCGUGACAGCUAGAAAAGCAAAGAAGAUUGGAUUGAUUCUUGGGGCGUUGGGUCGACAGGGUAAUCCCAUUACGCUACAAAAGUUGGAACACCAACUUUCACAAAGAGGAAUUCAGGUUGUCAAGAUCAUUCUCAGUGAGAUCUUCCCGCAAAAGUUGUCCAUGUUUGACGAUGUUGAGGCGUUUGUACAAGUGGCUUGUCCAAGACUAUCCAUUGAUUGGGGUUAUGCAUUCAACAAACCAUUGCUAACUCCUUACGAAGCAAUGGUGAUGCUUGAGCAGGAUACAAUGUGGGAUGAGAAAUACUACCCUAUGGAUUACUAUGCCAAAGAUGGAUACGGUAGAGGACAGAUACCCGCUAGAGAAAAUGAAUAA